AUGCCAUUUAAAGUCAAUGCUGAAAUCACUCAAUUUGGUGGUAAAUUACUUAAAUUAACUCAUGAAUCGACAUUUACUAAAACUCCAAUGAACGUAAAUGUUUUCAUUCCUUCAAUUACAAAUAAUAAGAAAAUCCCAGUAUUAUUAUAUCUUUCAGGAUUAACAUGUACUCCUGAAAAUGCUACUGAAAAAUCAUUUUUCCAAUAUUGGGCAAAUAAAUAUGGAUUUGCUUUAGUUUUCCCUGAUACUUCACCAAGAGGAGCCAAUAUUUCUGGAGAAGAUGAAUCUUGGGAUUUUGGAACUGGUGCUGGAUUUUAUGUUGAUGCUAUUAAAGAACCAUGGAAUAAAAAUUAUAAUAUGUAUUCAUAUAUUCAUAAAGAAUUACCUAAAGAAUUGAGUGAAAAUUUUAAAGAAUUGGAUUUUAAUAAUGUUGGUAUUACUGGUCAUUCAAUGGGUGGUAUGGGUGCAUUAGUUGGAUUUUUAAAAGAAAAAGGUCAAUAUAAAUCAAUUAGUGCAUUUGCUCCUAUUUGUAAUCCAAGUAUUGUUCAAUGGGGUGAAAAAAAUUUUGGUAAUUAUUUAGGAGUUGAUAAUAAAGAUGAAUGGUUGAAAUAUGAUCCAACUUAUUUAAUUAAACAUUAUGAUGGUGAAGAACAUCCUGAUAUUUUAAUUCAUCAAGGUUUAAAAGAUCCAUUUUAUGAAAAUCAAUUAAAACCUGGUAAUUUAAUCGAAGCUGCUGAUAAUUAUAAAGGUAAUAUCGAUUUACAAUUAGUUGAAGGUUAUGAUCAUCUGUAUUUUUUCAUUAGUUCAUUUGUUGAACAACAUGCUAAACAUCAUGCUAAAUAUUUAGGUUUAUUAUAA